AUGCGUGGCCACAGACGGCCAGCGCAGCCGCCGACGGCCAACUGGCAGCCGCUCGUCGACAGCUACCUGUCGAGCUAUGCGGGCGGCGUCUCGCGUAGCGACGUCGACUACGCGGAGGCGUGGGCGGCCAACGCGUCGCAGUUCACGGCGGCGGGCUCGUGGCGUGCGAGGGUCGUCAACGGCAGCCUGUGGGUGCGGCCGAUCCACUUUUACGAGCACUGGAAGGAGCGAGCGAGCAUGCAGCCGCGCUUCGAGCGCGCCGCCGCCGCAUGGGGGUGGGAGCAGAGGGACGCGCGCGCGUACUUUGGCGGCGCCUGCUCGACGGGCAUCAGCCGCCAGUCGCUGCUGCCCCUCAACCGCACGCACGGAGAGUUGUUGCACGUCCUCGACGUCGGCUUCGGCAGGAGCGGCGCUCGCUGGGGCAACUUCAGCGCCCAGCUGCCGCCCGACUAUGCGUGCCGCUUCCAGGUAUUGCUGUCGGUGCCGGGGUUUGGCUACUCGAACCGGCUGCGCCAGCUGCUGGCGUGCGGCUCCGCCGUUGUGCACGUCCAACACCAGUCCCACGAGUUCUUCGAGCCGCUGCUGAAGUCCGGCGAGCACUCUGGCAGGUAA